AUGUCACAGGACUCCUCUCCAACUUACACCAUCAACAAAAUCUUCCCCACCUCCUGUCUGGCCCACGACAGGUUCCCACAAGAGGCAGUGGAAGUUCUCUUGGGACACAAUAAGGCUGACCUGACACAUCCUGUAUCGGGAAACAAUAAUCCUCCGUGGAUGUUUCAGGGGUCAGCUCUCAUUACCCAAAGAGAAGAUGAGAGGGCAUCGGGCUUGAGCCUCUCCUCUGGCCUGUUGUCUCCUCCCAAGACGCUGAGGGAGGAGGUGGGGGUUUGUCUGUGUUUUGAAAUUGGGGAGAAGCCCAAGAGAACACUCAAAGAUCACUCUCACAUUUCAGGCUCGGCGUUAGUAACAGCAGCAGUGUUGGAGAAACUGGAUCGACUGAGGGUACAGGACGACAAGUCCUGCAUUAAUCCUCGUCCGCCGCCUUGCCGUCGCCGUGACGACCGCCGAUCCGAGCUCUCGCAGCGCCCGGGUCGACGCGUCACCUAUGUGCGGCGUGUCAGCCCGAGCGUGCGGAGUUUAAGCAGGGAGAGCGGCGUGGGAGUCAGAGUCAGUUCCAGCCUGAUCCCCCAUGUGCCUUUAACCAGGUUUCUAUCUGUAGCUCUCCUUUUCUACUUAACACAUCUAAUGAGUCUUUCUCUCUUUCUCCCCUUUCCAGUUGUUCUCCUGAAUUCAAAAGAAUCCCAGGCAGAGUUGGGCUGGACCUCUUAUCCCUCAAAUGGAUGGGAGGAGAUUAGCGGCGUGGAUGAGAAAUACAAACCUAUCCGUACCUACCAGGUGUGUAACGUGAUGGAGCCCAGUCAGAACAACUGGCUUCAGACGGGCUGGAUCUGGCGUCAGGGCGGCCAACGCAUCUUUAUCGAGCUGCAGUUCACGCUCCGUGACUGCAACAGCAUCCCCGGCGUGGCGGGCAGCUGCAAAGAGACCUUCAACUUGCUCUACGCCGAAUCGGACUGGGACCUGGGCCGGGUGGCGCGCGAGGACCGCUACACCAAGAUCGACACCAUCGCGGCCGACGAAAGCUUCACGCAGGGCGACCUGGGCGAGAGGAAGAUGAAGCUCAACACAGAGGUGCGCGAGAUCGGCCACCUCAACCGCAAGGGCUUCCACCUGGCCUUCCAGGACGUGGGCGCCUGCGUGGCCCUGGUGUCCGUCCGCGUUUACUACAAACGCUGCCUCUCCACCGUGCAGAACCUGGCCGUUUUCCCCGACACGGUGGCUGAAGCCGCCUUCUCCACGCUGGUGGAGGUCAGAGGCAUCUGUGUCAACAACUCGGAGGUCGACACGGACAGCCCACCCAGAAUGCACUGCAGCGCCGAGGGAGAGUGGCUGGUGCCCAUUGGCAAGUGCAGUUGCAGCGCUGGUUAUGAGGAAGGCCACAGCAGCUGUGAAGCUUGUCCUCCUGGUACGUAUAAGAUGUCAUCCAGACAACAGGAGUGCUUCCCGUGCCCCGCCCACAGUGUGGCCGAAGAGGAGGGUUCUGUGCUGUGCGUGUGCGAGGAAGAUCAUUUCAGAACCCCACUGGAUAGUCCGUCCGCCCCCUGCACUCGUCCCCCCUCUCCACCCAGGGACUUGGUUUAUACCCUUAAGCAGUCCACCUUAAUCCUGGAAUGGGCCGCGCCAAACGACUCCGGCGGGAGGGGGGACCUGACAUACAGCGUGGGGUGCAGGCGUUGCGUCGGCCCUCCGCGGGCCCCCCAGACUCAGUGUGAGCCGUGCGGGGCCAGCGUGGGCUUCGUACCGCAGCAGAGCGGCCUGACGGAGCGCACGGUCACCGUCGUCAACCUGCUGCCCAACUCCAACUACACCUUCACCGUGGAGGCCCUGAACGGCGUCUCCGAACUCCUGCCCAACAAACGCUUCUACACGCAGGUCAACGUCUCCACCAGCCUGCCUGCGCCCUCUCUGGUGAGUGAACUGCGUGCGGAGAAGAUUGAGCAGAGGAGUGUGACCUUGGUGUGGAGGGAGCCCGUUUAUCCCAACAGCAGUCGUACGGAGUACGAAAUCAAAUACUACGAGAAGGAGCAGAAGGACCAGAGUUAUUCCACCGUGAAGACAGCCGCCACGCGCAUCCUCGUCAAUAACCUCAAACCGGGCACCACCUACGUCUUCCUCAUCCGGACCUGCACCAGCCCGGCGUCUUCCUCCCUCUCCUCCUCCCCACUGUCCUCCUCCACCUCGUCCACCUCCUCCUCCUCCUCCUCACCCUCCUCCUCCUCUUCCUCAUCUUCGUCCUCGUCCUCGUCCUCUGCCUCCUCGCCCUCUCCGCUGGACUACGGAGCGUACAGUGCUCCUCUGGAGCUGCAGACGCUGGGAGAAUUGGCCUUGGCCUCCAGUGAACAGAGUCCAGUAGUGAUCAUCGUGGUGGUGUCAGUGGCGGCUCUCAUCAUGUUGUUAUCUCUAGGAGUGGGACUGCUCAUCUGGAGAAGCUCCUUCAAUGUAGCUCCUACCAGAGUGGUGUUGCUCUCUACCUCCCUCGCUACUCUCCACCCUCCUCCUCCUCUUCCUCCACCCAUGCUGCUGUCACCCAGGCAAUGUGGAUACAGCAAGGCCAGCCAAGAGGGAGAUGAGGAGCUCUAUUUCCAAUUCAAGAUCCCGACCAGGAGAACGUACAUUGACCCAGAGACAUGUGAAGACCUGCUACAGGCCGUGCAUGCUUUCGCUAAAGAGCUAGACAACUCCAGCAUCAAAAUUGACAGGAUCGUUCAUACAGGAGAUUUUGGGGAGGUGUGCCACGGCUGUCUGAAGCUGCCCAGCAAGCGCGAGCUGCCUGUGGCCAUAAAGACCCUGCGCGCCGGCUGCUCGGACAAACAGAGGCGCUCUUUCCUGUGCGAGGCCGCCAUCCUCGGACAGUUUGACCACUCCAACAUCAUCCGCCUCGAGGGAGUCAUCACCAGAGGGAGCACAAUGAUGAUCGUAGUGGAGUGCAUGACCAACGGGGCUCUUGACUCUUUCCUUCGGAAACAUGAGGGUCAGUUGAGUGUGCUGCAGUUGGUGGAUCUGUUGAGUGGUGUAGCGUCGGGGAUGAAGUAUCUGACAGAGAUGGGUUUUAUCCACCGCCGUUUGGCCGCUCACAAAGUCCUGGUCAACAGCAGCCUGGUCUGUAAGGUGUCUGGCUUCCGCCCCCUCCAGGACGAUAAGAUCGAGGCCAUCUACACCACAUUACAUGGGGGAAAGAGUGUGGUGUUGUGGACAGCACCAGAGGCCAUCCAGUACCAUCGCUAUAGCUCUGCAUCAGACGUGUGGAGUUUUGGCAUUGUGAUGUGGGAGGUCAUGUCCUUUGGAGAGAGACCAUACUGGGACAUGGGAAACCAGGAUGUGAUUAAAGCCAUAGAGGAUGGUUUCCGACUGCCAGCGCCUAUAAACUGCCCUGCGCCGUUGCACCAGCUGAUGUUGGAGUGCUGGCAGAAGGAGCGAACAGAGAGACCCAGCUUCAGUCAGAUCCACAGCGCCCUCAGCAAAACCAUCAGGAGCCCGGAUGGCAUCGGCUCCUCCACGCUGGCCCGCAGGACCAUAGGCUCCUCCAUGUCCCUGGCUGAGCGAACACUGCCCUCUUUUCCCUCCUUCAGUUCAGUAGGAGAGUGGUUAGAGGCUGUGGACAUGGGCCGCUACAAAGACAACUUCACCGCUGCAGGAUACUGCUACUUGGAGUCUGUGGCCCGCAUGACUGUCCAGGACGUGUUGAGUCUGGGCAUCACCUCUCUGGAGCAUCAGAAGCAGAUCCUGGCAGCCAUUCAGACUCUGAGAGCACAGGUCAUCCAGAUGCACGGCCGUGGCGUGCAAGUCUAA